ACGGUGUCAGACUCGGUUCCUCCUCCUCCUCCUCCCCAGAGGAAACCUGCCACUUCUUGCUGCCCAGCCUUUCCCUUUAAAGGGAGACUUGCCCCGCGCGGAACCACGGCUCCAGCCCUCUCCCGCCUCCGGCUCAGCCCGCCUGUCAGUCCGUCCGCGCGCCAGCCCGCGCCGUGCUGCCCCGACAAGGGAACGCGCCCGGAGAUGGAGAGCAAAGCCCUGCUCCUGGUGGCCCUGGGCGUGUGGCUCCAGAGUCUGACCAUCUCCCGCGGAGGAGUGACCGCCGCCGACAUAAUUACAGGAGGAAAAGAUUUUAGAGACAUUGAAAGUAAAUUUGCCCUAAGGACCCCUGAAGAGACAGUUGAGGACACUUGCCACCUCAUUCCUGGAGUGACAGAAUCUGUGGCUAACUGCCACUUCAACCACAGCAGCAAAACCUUUGUGGUGAUCCAUGGCUGGACGGUGACAGGAAUGUAUGAGAGUUGGGUGCCAAAACUUGUGGCAGCCCUGUACAAGCGGGAGCCAGACUCUAACGUCAUCGUGGUGGAUUGGCUGUCACGGGCCCAGCAGCAUUAUCCAGUGUCUGCAGCCCACACCAAGCUGGUGGGAAAGGAUGUGGCCAGAUUUAUCAACUGGAUGGAGGAGGAAUUUAACUAUCCUCUGGACAAUGUUCAUCUCCUGGGAUACAGCCUUGGAGCCCAUGCUGCAGGCAUCGCAGGCAGUCUGACCAAUAAGAAAGUCAACAGAAUUACUGGCCUAGAUCCCGCCGGACCUAACUUCGAGUAUGCUGAAGCUCCAAGCCGCCUUUCUCCAGACGAUGCAUAUUUUGUAGACGUGUUACACACGUUCACCAGAGGGUCACCCGACCGAAGCAUCGGAAUCCAGAAACCAGUAGGGCAUGUUGACAUUUAUCCUAACGGAGGCACUUUCCAACCGGGAUGUAACAUUGGGGAAGCUAUUCGCUUGAUUGCUGAGAGAGGCCUUGGUGAUGUGGACCAACUAGUGAAGUGUUCGCAUGAGCGGUCCAUUCAUCUUUUCAUUGACUCCCUGUUGAAUGAAGAAAACCCAAGUAAGGCCUAUCGGUGCAAUUCCAAGGAAGCCUUUGAUAAAGGACUCUGCCUGAGUUGCAGAAAGAAUCGGUGCAACAACUUGGGCUAUGAGAUCAAUAAAGUCAGAGCCAAAAGAAGCAGCAAAAUGUAUCUGAAGACUCGUUCUCAGAUGCCCUUCAAAGUCUUCCAUUACCAAGUAAAGAUCCACUUUUCUGGGACUGAAAGUAAUACGCAGACCAACCAAGCCUUUGAGAUCUCUCUGUAUGGCACCGUGGCUGAGAGCGAAAACAUCCCUUUCACCCUGCCUGAAGUCUCCACAAAUAAGACAUACUCCUUCCUAAUUUACACGGAGGUGGAUAUUGGGGAGCUGCUAAUGUUGAAACUCAAAUGGAUGAGUGAUUCAUACUUCAGCUGGUCGGACUGGUGGAGCAGCCCCAGAUAUGCUAUCCAGAAGAUCAGAGUAAAAGCAGGAGAGACUCAGAAAAAGGUGAUCUUCUGUUCCAGGGAGAAAGUGUCUCAUCUCCAGAAAGGAAAGGCAGCCGUGGUAUUUGUGAAAUGCCAUGACAAGUCUCUGAAUAAGAAGUCUGGCUGAAACAGGGCAAAUCUGUGGACAGAAGAACAGCACGUGAAUUCUGUGAAGAAGGAAGUGAAUGAAGUAACUUUUACAAAAGAUGCCCAAUGUUUAAAAGUGGAAUUUCCUGAGUUUUAAUCCCAGCUAUAUCCUUGUUAGUUAUUUUACGAGACAGCCGCAAAUACUAAAGAAUGGCUAAUUCAAUUUGAGGAGUAUGGUGGUCAAAUAGUACAUCUUCCAGCAUUAAAAGACAGUAGACAUAGAAAGCACUCCAUUUUGACCUUGGAAAGAAACAAGAAUUGUUUGAGCCAUGGUAAAAUAAUGAGGGUCCUUCAUGUGGCAUCUUUAGCCAAGCCUAAAACCCAUUAGAACUUUAUAUUUUAAUUGGAAUUCUGAUUUUCUGAAGCAAUGCCUUCUCAAAAUUUUCUCCAAGUCUGAAUAUAAAAAAUGAUUUACUGUGGCAUAAGUCAGACCCAUUUACUUAUCAAUCAAAAUGGCCAUUUUUUUGUUUUUUGUCUUUUGGAAUGGCUCUCCUCCUGCCACUGGAAGUGGUCCAGGAGUUAACCAGGAUGGAAGGACUUGGAGAGAAGGACUGGGGAUGUGACUGAUAAAGCACUAAACCUGUAAACACUCCCUGCCAUUGGCUGGCUUGCAUUGUAACUAAGUAACAAAUUAAAGGACAUGGAAAAUUUAGAUCAAUGAAUUCUUAAUAGACUAUUUAGAGUUUAUUGCCCAAACUGCCCCCCCACCACCAAUUACGUUUUUCUUUUUGUCUCAAACGAUAAUAUUUUAACAGUGUUCCCUGGAUAGGUAUUUAAAAUGAGCCUGUAAUCCUUAGCUGACACAUAAUUUGAACUGUGGAAAAAGAAAAUGCUACCAUAAUUUUAUUGUCAGAUGUUUAAAAUUAUAUUCAUCAAUUUUGUAGUCAUUUACUAUCCAGUAGUUACUCUUCAAUUGUAGGCUUACUGUAGUCAGGGUUCAACCAUACUUUGAGUGUGUUUCUUUCUUUUCUGGUUUUAACAAGAAAAUUUGUGUUCAAGUUCAAAUUUUGCAUCAUUUGAACUCCUGCAAAUUACAGACAAGGACUGUAUUUACUACAUGUAGAGGUGGAAAAGUAACUGGCUAUAUUCAUGAGCAGUGAUUAGAAACCACUGUGUGCAAUUAAAAGAAUCUUUGAUAGCCAUAGCCACGUAAAAGUGCCAUGAGGAUUGUUAUUACUGUUUUUAACAAUUAAUCAAGAGUGAGUGAACAAUUAUUUAUAAACUAGAUCUCAUUUUCACAGAAUGCUUUUCUACAUAUUAAUAUAAAGUGAUAAAGAAGUCGAAUGUCUCAGAGGCUAUUGCUGGGAACCCAAACUGUGAAAGUGUGUGAGUAUCUGAACACAUACUCACCUCUAAAGCCCUGCAUAUAUGCUUAUUACUCCGCAUUGUUUGGAAGGUAAACAAUCAAAGCAUGUAUUGUAGCAUAUGGAGUAGAAAUAGUUCCAGAGGUGCCAGAAGUUCAGCUGUUUAUCUGAAAAAUGUGGUUGUGCCUAAAUAAUGUAGGACUAGUAUUGUGAUUGACACCAGCAGGCUUGGAGUGAAUUCUCUCUAAAAAUAAAAUGAUGUGCGAUUUGUUGUUGGCAUCCCCCUUCAUUGCUGAUUUAUUAGUAUUUUGGAUUUGGGUUUUGACCAAGGUUGCAAAACUUAAGACAAGCUUCAUCAAAUCAGCAUAUGGCCCUGGGAACUCUGGCUUCUAAAGACUUCGCUAUAUAUAUAUAAAAGAUGCUUUGGCUUUAAGUGUUAUUUAUUAGCUGUAAAUAUAUGUGUUUAUGUGUAAAGGGAGUUUGUACAUGUUGAAAAGGUCAUUGUAGCUGUCUGCAUUAAUAGAAGUAUGGUGCUAACUUUGUACAUGUCUUUAUCAGUGACAACUCACUGAGCCAACUUACUCUUAUGAAAUAAUACAAUGAAAUGGGCUUUUUUUUAAAAAAAAGGAAAAGAAACUUUCUUAACUAUGUGAAGAAAUGAAAUCUGCUUUUAAUAAAAUUGACAGAAUUUUAUUAUAACACUAAGUCAUUAUUUUGUAUCAUUAUAGUCCACUAAAAAAAGUGAACUUAUUCUUAGGGAAGAUUCAAUCAGCAAAUAUUUACUGAGUAACCACCCUACUCAGUAAAUAAUAUUGCUUCUAAAAAUUACAGUGUCCAUUAUAUUACACAGCUUUAGAUGAAGUUUAAUGUUUAUGUACAGCAUAGGAUCAUCUUGGAUUCUUUAAACUAACUGUAGAGGAGAAUGAUACAGAAUUUUACCUGAAUAAAAUACACAGGACUUUC